AUGGGGAGCACCCCUCCAGAGAGGGCUGGCUCGCACAGGCCCUCAGCCCAGCCCCUUGCAGGCUGGACCUUGGAGAGGGAGGCCCUGAGGCGACAUGGCACCUGGCUCCUGGCCUGCACCUGCGUCUGCACCUGUGUCCGCUCGGGAGUCUCUGUCUCAGGGGUUGGAUGAGGACCAAGGACUGGAAACUUCACCUGCCUCACCAACAACCUUCUCAGGAUCGAUUGCCGCUGGUCUGUCCCAGAGCUGGGCCAGGGCUCCAGCCCCGGGCUCCUCUUCACCAGCAAUAGGGCUCCUGAUGGCACACGUAAGUGCAUAUCGUGGGUCAGUGAGUGCACUGUAGUGCUGCCACCCGAGGCUGUGCUCCUGCCAUCCAACAAUUUCAUCAUCACUUUCCACCACUGCGUGUCUGGGAGGGAGCAGGUCAGCCUGGUGGAGCUGCAGUACCUGCCCUGGAGACACGUGAAGCUGGACCCACUCUCUGAUUUGCAGAGCAAUGUCAGCUCUGGCCACUGCAUCUUGACCUGGAGCAUCAGUCCUGCCUUGCAGCUGACGACCACACUUCUCAGCUAUGAGCUGGGAUUCAAGAGGCAGGAAGAGGCCUGGGAGUGUGCGUGUAUGUGUUUAUGUGUGCACACAUGUGCACUGAGGCUGCUCAUAGCCCCUGGGCCCUUCCUGCCCACAGGCUCUCUGAUCCCACCCUGGGGGUGGCCAGGCAGCACCUUUGUUGCUGUGUCUGUCUUUCUUCUGCUGACUGGCCUGACCUACCUCCUGUUCAAGCCAUCACCCAGGGUGAAGAGAACCUUCUACCAGAACGUGCCCUCUCCAGCGGCGUUCUUCCGGCCCCUCUACAGUGUGCACAAUGGGAACUUCCAGACUUGGAUGGGGGCCCACAGGGCUGGUAUGCUGCUGAGCUGGGACUGUGCUGCUGGCACCCCACGAGGAGCCUCGGAGACCUGCGUCCAGGAGGCCACUGCACUGCUCACCUGUGGCCCAUCGGGUCCUUGGAAAUCUGUGGUCCUGGAGGAGGAGCAGGAGGGCACUGGGACCAGCCUCCUGGGGAACCUGAGCUCAGAGAAUGUGCUGCCAGCAGGGUGUACGGAGUGGAGGGCUCAGCUGCUUGCCUAUCUGCCACAGGAUGACUGGACCCCCACAUCCCCCACCAGGCCAGCUCCCCCAGACUCAGAGGGCAACAGUAACAGCAGUGACUACUGUGCCUUGAGCUGCUACAGGGGAUGCCACCCCUCAGCCCUCCCAGGUAACAUGCAGAGCCCUGGGCCCAUCCCAGCCCUGGCCUGUGGCCUUUUCUGUGACCAUCAGGGCUUGGAGACCCAGCAAGGAGGUGCCUGGGUGCUGGCUGGUCACUGCCAGAGGCCCGGGCUGCAUGAAGACCGCCAGGGCACGUUGCUCCCUUCCGUCCUCAGCAAGGCUCUGUCCUGGACGUUCUAG